GCCUCUCGCCGGGGUGGACCUUGACGGUGCUGUUUGGAUCCUCUGGAUGGUGUUUGGAUUCACUCUGCUUGUUGCUUCAGACUUCCUCCGUCCGGGGCCCAGCGCAGUGGAGACACGUUGCGCGUGGGUACCAUGAACCGCCUGGGCUCGGUGCAGCGGAAGAUGCCAUGCGUGUUUGUGACGGAGGUGAAAGCUGAGCCUUCAGCCAAGCGGGAGCAUCAGCCAUUUAAAGUUUUGGCAACUGAAACGCUAAGUGAAAAGGCGUUAGAUGCAGACGUGUACAAUGCAGUUGCAACAGAAAAAGUGGAUGGAACAUGCUGCUAUGUCACUAACUACAAAGGUCAGCCAUACCUUUGGGCUCGACUAGAUAGAAAACCUAACAAGCAAGCUGACAAAAGAUUUAAAAAAUUUCUACAUUCAAAAGAAAGCGCAAAAGAGUUUCAUUGGAACACUGAGGAAGACUUCAAGCCUGUCCCAGAGUGCUGGAUACCAGCAAAGGAAAUAGAAAAACAGAACGGGAAGCCAGUACCUGAUGAGAAUGGACACAUUCCUGGUUGGGUACCAGUAGAAAAGAACAGCAAGCAAUAUUGCUGGCACUCAUCUGUAGUCAAUUAUGAGUUUGGAAUUGCCCUGGUACUAAGGCACCAUCCUGAAGAUCCGGGAGUUUUGGAAAUUAGUGCUGUUCCCCUGUCAGAGCUCUUAGAGCAAACUCUGGAGCUGAUAGGAACGAAUAUCAAUGGAAACCCAUAUGGGCUAGGAAGCAAGAAAUACCCAUUACAUUUUCUUACACCACAUGGAGUAUUCCAGGUCAGAAAUCUGCCAACACUGAAACACAAUGACCUGCUGUCCUGGUUUGAAGACUGCAGAGAGGGUCAGAUUGAAGGCAUUGUGUGGCAUUGUGGUGACGGCUGUUUAAUUAAGGUCCACCGCCACCAUCUUGGCUUGUGCUGGCCACUUCCAGAUACUUACAUGAAUUCCAAACCAGUUAUUAUUAACAUGAACCUGAACAAAUAUGACUGUGCUUUUGAUAACCAGUCUUUGUUUAAUCAGUUUUUGAAAAUAGAUAAACAGAAAUUUGAUAGGCUUAAAGACAUAACACUUGAUGUGUAAAAUGAAAAUAAUAGUUGGGAUUAUUGUGAGUUUCUAAUAUCGACAAGUUUGCCAUGUUUACAGAGGUUAAAGCCUUCAAUUUAAUUUUGCUAGCUGUUUGGCAAAAUAUAUAUCAACUUCUAAACAUGUUUUUAGGUAUUUAUAGAAAUCAUUGUUAGGGUUUGAAUAUCUUAACACAAAAAUAAAUAUAAAAUAAUCAAUUUUAAAUAGUAAAUAUUAUUUAUAAACUUACCUUUAUGCUUUUUGAAAAUUUAAGAUAUUAUGAAAAUA